AUGACGAAAUCUCUGUACAAGUUUCUCCCCAACACUAAUGUUGUUAAAGGCCCGCAUGCCCUAGAUUCUCCCAUCAUCAUUCAAGCGAACAAUGUGGCGUUCUCUGAUUACAUCCCAAAGCAGUUCGACAACUCAGGAAUCGAAGAUUUUUUUGACUAUGUCAAGAGUUGUACUCAUAGAUAUACAUUUUGUGACUUCCUAGACCCAUUCUACCCUAAACAAGUAUGUGAGUUUUACUAUUUCUGCUCUGUUGAUUCUGAUGCUCAAAGUAUUAGUGGAAAAAUUGGAGAUGGACAAUAUAGGUUUACUUGA